AUGCCUGACGAGAAAGAUCCCCCGGUCGCCAAGCCUGAGGAGGCGUCCGACUGUGCCAUCGACAGUUCUGAUGACGCCGACGACGAGUACAUCGAGACUCAGAUGUCGCAGUCCGAGCUGAAGAAGAAGCAACAGACGCAGCGCCGGACGAUCCAGCAUAUCGUUCCUUUCAAAUGGAGCCCUUUGGUGUUGCCGCUGACCGAGUCGAAUCUCGAGUCUUGCGUCGCCCUCGAGGACGCUGCGUUCCCUGAUCCGAGUCAUCGCGCUACCCGCGUCAAGUUCAUGUACCGCCUCGCGACCUGCUCAGAUAUCUCCACAGGUCUCUUCUGCAGCGUCGUCCCGGCCGAGGCCGAGGCUUUCCCCCUCUCGACCAUGACCGUCGCUAGCCCCGUCGAGACAGGUCGCGCCAACGGAGCCAAGCUGGUCCUCCUCGGCCACGCCGUCGCGACCCUCGGCGACGGCCCCGUCGUCAGCGACGACGACAUGGCCUACCCGGACAACUGGCGCGAUCAAAAGUCGGCCAAGAGCACGGAUGUCGGCCACAAGAUCAUGGGUCGCACGCUGUGCCUGCACUCCUUUGCCAUCGACCCCAAGCUCCAGGGCCUGGGUCUCGGCAAGCUUCUCAUGAAGUCGUACCUGCAGCAGAUCAACAACUCUGGCGUUGCGGACCGCAUUGCGCUGAUCUGCAAGGACUGGUUGGUUAGCUACUACCAGCGCUUCGGCUUCAAGCGCGUCGGCCCUAGCAAGGCGUCUUUCGCUGGUGGCGGCUGGAAUGACAUGGUCAUUGAACUUUCCGGCCCGCCCAAAAAGGGUCCCGAUGCCCUUAAGGCGUCCGCCGAGUAG